AUUCUUCUGCCUUUUUUUUGGUUUCUCUAAAGCAUGUCUUCUUAUAAGGAUGCCACCAACAUGGCCGUGGAGGAUGCUGUGAUGCCCAUUGCCAUUGUUGGCAUUGGUGGUAGGUUUCCAGGAGAGGCCACAAACCCUGAUCGAUUAUGGGAGAUGAUCUCAAAUGGCCGCAAUGCACUCUCUGAAGUGCCAAAGGAGCGGUUCAAUAUCGAUGCGUUCUAUCACCCCUAUGCCGAAAGGCAAGGUACAAUGAAUGUCCGAGGAGGACACUUCCUCAAGGAAGAUGUUUCUCUUUUUGACGCUCCAUUCUUUUCUAUCACAGCUAAAGAGGCCCAUGCUAUGGAUCCUCAACAAAGACUUGCACUAGAAGUUGCAUACGAAGCUCUUGAAAAUGCUGGCAUGAAAAUGGAAGAUGUACUAGGCUCUCAAAUGGCCUGCUAUAUGGCGUCUUUCACAAGAGACUAUGCAACGCUACGAGGCCAUGACGCAGAAGAUAUCCCGAUGUACGAAGGCACUGGCAAUGGUUCUGCCAUGAUAUCGAACCGUCUAUCUUGGUUUUUUGACUUGAAGGGGCCCAGUCUCAGUUUAGAUACUGCCUGCUCUUCUUCAUUAGUUGCGCUACACCUUGCAUGCCAGAGCAUCCGUUCUGGAGAGACAAGAUCUGCCAUGGUCGGAGGCACAAAUCUAAUACUUAUGCCAGAAAUGCAGAUUGCCAUGACAUCUCUGCAUUUCCUUAGCCCUGAUAGCAAAUCUCAGUCAUUUGAUCACAAGGCAAAUGGCUACGCGCGUGGUGAAGGCGCCACAGUCGUUGUGAUUAAGGCCCUGGAAGAUGCUCUGCGGGAUGGUGAUACAAUCAGAGCCGUAAUUCGAGGCACAGGAGUCAACCAAGACGGAAAGACUCCAGGAAUUACGUUGCCUUCGGCAAAGGCACAGGAGGACCUCAUCAGAUACACAUACAAAACCGCGGGACUACCAUUUGAAGAGACAGGCUAUUUUGAGGCUCACGGUACUGGUACCGCGGCAGGUGAUCCUCUCGAAUGUGCUGCCAUUGCUGCCACGAUCGGAGCAACCAGGCCUAAGGAUAGCCCUCUCCUAAUAGGAUCAGUCAAAACAAACAUUGGCCACAUGGAAGGAGCCAGCGGUCUAGCCGGACUGAUCAAGGCUGUGUUUGCACUGGAACGGGCGUUGAUCCCCCCAAACCUCUGGUUUGAAAAAGCGAACCCCCGUAUCCCAUUGGAGAAAUGGGGCCUCGAGGUGUCAACAAAGCUUCAGCCUUGGAGAGAGAGCGGUCUUCGCCGCGCCAGUAUCAAUUCUUUUGGAUACGGCGGCACUAAUGCUCAUUGCAUUCUAGAUGAUGCUUAUCACUAUCUAGAAGCCCGAGGCCUAAAUGGGGCACACAACACUCUUGUAUCUCCGGAACCAUUGUCAGAAGAGAGUGCAAGCUCUGAAGACAGUAGCAGCAGCAACAGUGAUGCUGGUGAGGCUACUGAUAGUAGCUCAGCCACGUCUGAGUCCAUCAGUGGCGAAGAGAAACCGGUAGAUAUCUCGUCGCCCAAACUGUUCAUGUGGUCAUCACACGAGCAAGCUGGUAUCGAACGCACAGCAACACAAUUGCUCAAGCAUCUAGAGUCACAGCAGAGAACGGACAUCAACUUCCUCGGCAAUCUGUCCCAUACUCUGGCUGCUGGUCGAUCUAGACUCUCUUGGAAGGCGUACACUGUUGCAUCAUCUACCGAAGAGCUCAUCUCGGCCCUGAAGAAGAGCCCUAAGCCGGUGCGAUCAUCUCAAACUCCUGUCUUGUACUUCGUCUUCACCGGCCAGGGAGCGCAGUGGUUCGCCAUGGGUCGUGAACUGCUGGCAUAUAACUCUUUUAGGAAGAGCUUGCAAGAUGCGACCGACUACUUCAAGAGUAUCGGGAGCGAUUGGGACCUUCUUGAGGAACUACAAAAGAGUGAGAAAGCUUCACGAAUUAACGAGUCGCGAAUUAGCCAGCCGGCCUGUACUGCCUUGCAAGUCGCCGUGACUGACCUUUUGGCGGAGUGGGAUAUUCGCCCUUCAGUGGUUCUCGGACAUUCCAGUGGAGAGAUUGCAGCCGCAUAUGCCAAAGGCGCUUUCACCAGGGAUGAAGCUUGGAAAAUCGCCUUUCACCGUGGUAGCCUGUCUAGCGGCAUAGAAAAAGAAGGCUCUAUGCUUGCUGUCGGACUUGGAGAGACUGAAGUUGCGCCCUACCUGGCACAAGUCGACGCCAAACACGGCAGUGUUGUUGUUGCUUGCAUUAACAGCCCUUCAAGCGUGACCCUAUCUGGAGACUCGGCAGCAAUAAUCCAAGUUCAAAAUGCACUUGAAGAAGCAAAAGUCUUUAACCGAAGGCUCGCUGUCAAGACGGCCUAUCACUCCCCUCAUAUGGAGUUGAUUGCAAAAGACUACUUGCAGUCAUUGAACAGUUUGCGUCCAUCUGAGUCCUCUAGCAAGACUGUCAUGUUCUCCAGUGUCACAGGCAAGGUGAUUGACAACGCUGCACUUGCCGCCUCCUCAUACUGGGUGUCAAACAUGGUCAGUCCGGUGCGGUUCAGCCAGGCCGUGGAGGCUGCUAUCGAGUACAACCCGACUAAGAAGCGCACUGCUGGUAGCUCUCAGUUUGUUGAUCUCAUCGUCGAGAUUGGCCCGCACUCAGCACUUCAAGGCCCUUUGAAGCAGAUCUUAGAUGCGAACCGGUCCAAACUGAAGCAUGACGUCCCGUAUAUCUCAGUUAUCUCGCGCAAUGUGGACGCUGUGAGAAGCUGCCUCGAUGCCAUUGGAAAGCUGGCCCAACGAGGCCACCCCGUGGACAUUUCUCGCGUGCAUGUAAUGACGGAAAAUGAGAGUCAACGACCUCAAUUCCUUACCAACUUGCCCCCAUUUGCCUGGAAUCAUUCCACAAAGUACUGGUACGAAUCUGCUGUCUCGGCAGCGUUCCGUCACCGAAAGCUUCCUCGAUACGAUCUCGUCGGAGCACUCAGCGAGCAUUCUACUGACGUUGAGCCUUGCUGGACGAACUAUCUACGUGUCUCAGAGGCCCCUUGGAUUGAACAUCACAAAGUCCAGGGUACGAUCCUGUAUCCAUUGUCAGGCAUGAUGGUCAUGGCUAUCGAAGCUGCUCGCCAGAUUGCAGACCACACCAAGGAAAUCGACGGAUUCCAGAUUCGUGAUGUCUCUGUUGGUAAAGCCAUGGUCCUAGCUAGUGACGCUCCCACCGAGACGAGACUUCAAUUCCGACCACGUAGAGCAGGUACUCGCCUUCCAGAUGCUUUCUGGAAUGAAUUCACCAUCUCGUGUAGGAGUCGAUCUGGUGUUUGGACUCAGCACUGCACGGGUCUUAUCGCUGUCAAGUAUGUGGCAGAACACAAUCCGACAUUCCAUAAUGAAGAGGAAGCGUCAUCGCGUCGACAUCGCGCAGAGUACGAAAGACUAUCCACCGCAGGAUUCAAGCCUGAUGAUCCCCGCCAGGUUUAUGCCUCACUUGCCGAACUUGGACUCCAGUGGGGACCGACAUUCACUGGUCUGGUGCACAUCAGUUCUGGUGAUUUUGAAGCUCACUGUGAACUUGAAAUCCCAGAUACUAGGAAGUUCAUGCCAGAAGGCUUCGAGUAUCCUCACGUUAUUCACCCAGCUGCACUGGACAACUUCAUUCAAAUGGUUAUUCCGGCCUGUACACCUGCUGGAGUGCAACUAGAGAAAGCCAAGAUUCCUCGAUUUAUCGAAAGCAUUUACAUCUCCAGCAAGAUUAGCUCCAAGCCAGGUACUCGGUACUAUGGUUACUCAAAGUCUAAGCCAUACGGCUACAAUGAGUCUGUUGGAACGAUUGUCGCAUCUGACGAAGCCUGGGAGAAGCCUAUGGUCAUCAUCGAGGGCUGCAGAAUUAUCUCUCUCGAGAACAUGACAGAUGGCCUCUCUACCGAGUCGGCAGCAACAACUACGUCCCUGAGAAAGCUUGGUGCUCACACAGAAUGGGAUAUUGACUUAGAGCAGAUGUCCUUGGAUACUGCCCAAGCAUUUUUCGCUCCUUACGGCGCCACCAUUCCCGACGCAGAUGUUGAUGUUGUUCGUGAUUUGGAGCUGGCAUCAUUCAUCUUCUGCAAGAGGGUGCUUAGUCGAUUCUCUGAGGAAGAUUCCAAGAGCUUCGCGCCACAUCACCGUAUCUUCUACGAGUACAUGCGGCACAGAUAUGAACUUGCAGAGCAGGGCAAACUCGACUGCCAAACGGUCGGGAAGGAUUCGGUCGACUGGCUGAAUAUGACCAAAGAACAAGAAGACCAAGUUCUGGCGCGUGUAGCUGAAGCAUCAGUUGAUGGAAAGCUCCUUUGCCAACAGGGUUUCCACUUUGACGAGAUCUUGCGCGGCGAGCUCGAACCUCUCCAGGUCUUGAUGCAGGAUAGUCUCCUGACACACUAUUACCGAAAUGCCUUAGGAACUGACAAAUGGAACCCGAUUAUUGCCAAAUAUGUCCAACUCAAGUCGCAUAAGAAGCCCCUCCGAAUUCUCGAGGUCGGCGCGGGUACGGGGGGUACCACCUCGGUCAUUCUCGCAGCCCUGGGCCAGCGGGAGGAGGCUGCCGCCAGGCUUGAGUCUUACACAUUCACUGACAUUAGUGGUGGUUUCUUUGGUGCUGCUGCCGCUGAUUUUGACGAAUGGGCUCCAUUUUUGGAGUAUAAGGUGCUCGAUAUUGAGAAGUCCCCAGUGCAGCAAGGCAUCCAAACUGGCGUUUACGACAUGGUUGUGGCCAACAAUGUUUUGCAUGCAACCUCAGCUAUUAGCACGACUCUGGCUCACUGCAGAGAGUUACUGAAGCCGGGUGGUAUUUUGUUGCUCGGAGAGCUCACCACUACCCUGGCAAGAGUUCCUAUGAUCUUUGGAUCUCUCCCUGGAUGGUGGGCAGGUGAGAAUGAUGGCCGAAAAUGGGGCCCCAGACUCUCAGAAGGGCUGUGGGACACUCGACUCCGUGAACAGGGCUUCAGCGGCGUCGAUUUGACAUUCCGGGAUCACAGUACUGAGCACUACUCGAUUUCACUUAUGUUUUCGACUGCUAGUCCCUUACCUGAACCGGAGCUUCCUAGAAGCAUUACGGUUGUCACGCCUUCAAGCCCGAGCACCGCUACCAAGGCACUGGCCUCGAAACUGGUGGCAAAGUAUUCACCUGUGGCCAAUGUUGUUGUCAAGUCUCUUGGAGCAAUCCCUAGUUUCGAUCUGAGCAAUGAGACGACACUUUCCUUGCUUGAAGCUGAGACGCCUCUUUUGCAAGACAUUAGCAGCGUAGACUUUGAAGCCGUUAAACAUCUCCUUCUUACCUCUCAGCACACCCUCUGGUUUACUAGAGGAGGUGCUUUAGAGACUCCCAAUCCUGGGGCCAACUUGAUUGCAGGAUUGGCACGAACAAUAAGAGGAGAGAUUCCGAGCAUGUUGCUAACCACAUUGGAUCUGGACCCGUCUGAUGCCAUCGACUCUGUUGACUCAUUGUCUGGAAUCGACAAGGUGCUCCGUUCCAUGACACAGGCGAGCCAAAUUGAGCGUCCGGACUGGGAGUACGCACUCCAAGGAGGACAGCUUCACGUCUUACGUCUGACACCCAACAAGGCAGUCAAUGCAAUGUUCGAGGCUAGCAAGACUGAGCAGUCCGUCUCCAUGCUCCCAUUCAACCAACCAGGACGUGCGCUUGCUCUGGCAAUCAAGACGCCUGGUAUGCUGGACACAUUCCAAUUUGUUGAUGAUGAGGAACAUCCAAAACCUUUGAAGAGUCAUGAAGUUGAGAUUGAGGUCAAGGCUGUUGGCAUGAAUUUCCACGACGUCAUGAUUUCGAUGGGUCAGAUUGCUGAUACCGAUCUGGGAGUUGAAUGCAGCGGUGUCGUUACUCGUGUUGGUGAUGGCGUCACCAAGUACAAGCCAGGUGAUCGUGUCAUCACAUUCCGUUUGGGUUGUUUCCGUACUUUCUUACGCAACCCCGAAGGCAUGUUUGAAAAGAUUCCUGACGCUUUAUCCUUUGACGACGCUGCUUCAAUUCCUUGCGUAUACUCCACGGUGUAUUACUCGCUGUUCUAUGUGGCUCGCUUGGAGCGCCACGAGACUAUCCUUAUUCAUGCUGCCGCUGGUGGUCUAGGACAAGCCGCAAUUAUCCUUGCACAGCACAUCGGUGCCGAGAUCUUUGUUACAGUGUCUUCGGAAACCAAGAAGCAGUUCCUCAUCGACACAUACGGCAUUCUACCUGACCAUGUUUUCAACAGCCGAGACCACAGCUUUGCAGCUGGAAUCAAGCGUAUGACCAAUCAGAAGGGCGUGGAUGUUGUUUUGAACUCAUUGGCUGGUGAGGCUCUGCGACAGACUUGGCUUUGCGUGGCACCUUUCGGCCGCUUUAUUGAGCUCGGUAAGAAGGAUAUUGUUGGAAAUACCGGUAUCGAUAUGAGCAAAUUCAUGGACAACAUUGCUUUUGUCGGUGUUAACAUGCUUUCGGUUUAUCGUGACAAUAUUCCAUUGUUCGGUCGGAUCAUGGCCGACGUCAUGAAAGCUCUGGCUGAUGGCAUCAUCCGGCCGGUGCAGCCGUUGAGGGUCAUGAACUUUUCGCAGAUUGAAGAGGCUUUCCGUAUUAUGCAAUCCGGAAAGCACAUUGGCAAGAUGGUUCUUAGCGCUGGACCUGAGGAUCUUGUUCCGAUUGUUUCUCAGAAGAGCAAGCCAUACUCCUUCUCUCAGGAUGCGACGUACAUGAUUCCAGGAGGUCUCGGCGGUCUUGGUCGUUCGAUCGCCGCCUGGAUGGUUGACCAAGGCGCACGACAUGUUGUUUUCACAAGCCGCUCCGGGGUCACAAAGCCGCCAGCUCGCAAGCUGGUGGAUGAAUUGACCAAGAAGGGGGCAAAGAUUCUCGCAUUCGCGUGCGAUAUCAGCAAUGCCUCCGAGCUCAAGGACGUACUCAAGACUGUCAAAGACAACGAGUUUCCCCAUAUCAAGGGCGUCGUUAACUGCGCUAUGCAGCUUCAGGACGUGUUAUUCGAGAACAUGAGCCUUGAGGACUUCAAUGCUGCUAUCAGGCCCAAGGUUUACACCACCAAGAAUUUGCACGAUCUUCUACCGAGAGACAUGGAUUUCUUUAUCUGUCUUUCGUCGACUGGAGGCAUUGUUGGAUCUCGUGGCCAAGGGAAUUACAACGCAGGCAAUACCUAUCAAGACGCGAUGGCCCAUUAUAGGAGAUCUCAGGGUCUACCGGCAACCAGUAUCAAUCUCGGCGUCGUACUUGGUGUAGGUAUUACAGCUGAACGUGGAGAGAUUCUGUCGUACCUUAAGACGGGAGCCAUGAUUGGUAUCCACGAGCAAGAAGUCCUGGCUGUCGUCCAAGCCGCCAUGUCUGGGGAAAUGCCAAUUCAAGCCGUCGUUGGUCUUGCAACUGGUGGCCACCUCGAAAAGAAUGGACACGAGGAUCCGUUCUGGUUCAGCGAGGCACGAUUCGGGCCUCUCCGCAUCUUUGACACCCAGCAGCUACAGGCAAGCAGAGCAGGCGACUCGGAUGCGGUUUGUGUGGCUCUUGUGCGCAAGCUAGCCAAGGCCAUGAUGGUGGAGAUUGAAGACCUUGAUCCAACUAGGCCCGCGAACUCUUAUGGUGUCGACAGUCUGGUCGCUGUUGAGGUCCGCGCCUGGGUCUUCAAGGAAGUAAAGAGCGACGUUUCUGUGUUUGACAUUUUGAGCAACAUGCCCUUGGCGUCUCUGGCUACCAAGAUUGCUGCAAAGUCGUCCCUUUUGCCUCCCACAAUCUCGGGUACGGACGAUGACGCAUAA